CAGUGAGAGAGCGCGAGCAGUGACAGUGAGAGUGCAUCCCUUGUCCUUGUCGCUCCUCGUUCUCUUCUUGCUUCUUCCCGCUCUCCCUCUCUCUCACCGUGUAUUCCAUCUCAGUGUCUCGUGUGCAUAGUUCUUCCUGCAGCAAAGAAGAGGAAAAAGUAAGAAUCUCAACCACUUCUUCUAAUACAGAAGGAGAGGGAGAGAGAAAAAAGUGCCAGACUAUUUCAUGAGAACUUGCUACACCAGUGACUUCAAACCCGUGUUCAAACAUACAAGGAAAGAAAAGAAUAUAUAUAUAAAGGCAAAUGACGGAAGAGCAAAGGACAUUACAAGAUAUACCUGAGAAAGACACCAAAGAGACAAUGCAGAGGAAGAAAUCAUGUUUUCACACCUCCACUAUCCAUACCGUCAUUACAAGAAGAUCGGUGGUAGUGGCGGUGGUGAUAGGAACAGUGCUAAUGGGGAUUGGUGACACCGUGGCGGCAUCCUCUUCCCUUGCUAAUGAGGGGAACCUGACGCGUCUGUGGGAGCGAGUCACCAGCCACACGGAAACACUUCUCAACAUCAACUAUUACCUAAAGCAGACCGAUAUUUUCUGGGAUUGGUUCCAGAAGAAUAAAGGGCGUCUAGACGAGAUUCUAUCAACGGGAGAUAGCUCCUCACCUUCAGACAAUGUACGAUUGCUGGAAAGACUUGACAAUUUGGAGCGAAAGCAGAAAGCGCGAGAUGAUGAAAUGAAGGAAAUACGGACUGCCUUGCAGCAAGAGAGGGAGAGAAACACUCACUUGGAGGCCAGUCUACGCCAUCACGAGGAUACUCAAGACAGUUUGAGGCACCAGUUGGAGAUUGUGGAGUCUAUAUUGACUGGAGGAAGAUGGGAAGGAGAUGGAAGAGUAGGAGGAGAAGGAGUAGGAGGUGGAGGGGAAGAGAUGAACAGCCAGACCCACAAACUGAUGACGUACGUGCGCAACUCAGUGCAGGUUUUGAGUGACCUGCGCGAUGACAAGAUCCCUGAACUUGAGGGGAAAAUAACGCAACUGGAAACGGAAUUGGUAGCAGUGAACCGGAUGGCUCUGGCCAAUAAGAGAGCAAUUGAUAGGAAAGUAACGGCGGACCUGCAUGAACUGAAGCAGCAAACUGACAACCUAACGGAAGUGGUGAAGCGGUCCCAGUCUACGGCCAGCGAAGAAGUGAGUACUUUGAAGGAUCUGCUGCAGGGAGUCGUGGUGAAUAACGUCUUCAAUUUAGAAGACCAGCUGGCGAAUCUCAGCCGAUCCCACCACGUCCUGAGUGAGGAAAGUCAGGAAGUCAAGGAGGAAGUUAAUGACCUGAAACGAAAGACUGGCUCGCUCGAAAGAAGAGUGUUACAAAAGCAGCAUGGCAGCAACCGCGGGCUGCAAAAUCAGAUCACCAAAAUGCAGACGUCCCUAGCUAAUGUUCAAGGUGAUGUUGCCAGUCUGGACGGUCGUAUUAGUGGCCUGAACACCAAUACCCAGCAGGCCCAGCUCCAAGAGGCUCGCAAGGAACGCUCCAGAUUAGAAGCCUCCAUAAGCAGUCUGCAGGACCGUCUCUCAAACCUCCAGCAAGCUUUAAACAACAGGAACAGCGAUUUCGAGACGAAAAUUGCUAGGCUGGAGAACGACGUGGCCGACAUACAGCAGUACAACAACUUAACCGAACAUGUCAGGAGGAUCAGCAUUCCCAGCGCCACGCCCACCAGUGUGCAACCAAUCGGGCCGCCUGGCUACGGCUUUAACGGUGGCUUCGGGCGUCCCGGUAACCAGGGCUUGAGUGGCGAACCCGGCGACCCAGGGGCGCCAGGUAUCCCGGGGGAGCAAGGCAGCCCGGGAGCACCAGGAGGCCGGGGAGCGCCAGGUAGCAGAGGAGCGCCAGGUAGCAGAGGAGCUCCAGGGGGCCGAGGAGCUCCAGGAGGUAGAGGUGCACCAGGGGGCAGAGGUGCGCCAGGGGACCGAGGAUUUCCAGGGGACAGAGGUGCACCAGGCGGCAGAGGUGCACCAGGGGGAAGAGGAGCGCCUGGAGGUAGGGGAGCACCAGGCAAUCCAGGCUCUACUGGCACGCGAGGACCCUCUGGUGGUGCAGGACGGAGGGGAGCGCCAGGCCAGCCAGGCUAUCCAGGUGGUUAUCCUCUAGGCACUAGCGACCAUUCAGCUAACUGGCGUACCCCGUCCUAUGCUGGGUAUUCUGCGUAUUCUGUCACUCCGAGCUAUAGGGAGGAAGGCCGCAUCUAGAUGGGGAGGCUACUACCACGACUAUAGACACGCACAGAUGGGACACUGAGCGAACCAUGUUUAAAAUGGCCAUCAGAAAAGACACGGCUCGCCAUGGAGCACUUUGUUCUUCAUCCCAUCCCGUAAGCUGUAUCCAGCACGGCUUCUCUUCGGAAAACUAAGAAUCUCAGCAUUAGUGAGCUCUUAGCUGACACUGUUAUUCAUUAAUAUUCUGUCGCGUUAACCUUUUUUAUCAUCACACACUGCCGCACUGAUAAUGUACCACAACUGACCAAUAAUGAUAGUAGUUACAAAAUUAUGAUAAUGAUGAUGAUGAUGAUAACAAUUAUAUUUUAAUGAUAAUAACAAUGAUGAUGAUAAUAAUAAUAAUAAUAAUAAUAAUAAUAAUAAUAAUAAUAAUAAUAAUAAUAAAAAUAAUAAUAAUAAUAAUAGUAAUACAGACAAGUCAGUAACACCAACGCAAGAAUUUUUCCUGCCUUCCCGUAUAUGUCCCACGAAAUUAUUUCAAGACCUGGGGGGAGACAAGAUUAUGUCUGUAUUUGCUCUGCCUCUUGAAUGCACAUCUAAAUUAAGCACAGCAAUCGUGUAGUACAUCCUAAUGUCGGGAUGUUAGUUUCUUGGAUGCAUCACAAGAACACUCUCAAGGAGUCAGGAACCGUGUGCUCUGCUUGGUAAGUUCACCUCAGUUCUUCAGGUGACGGAAACGCCUGGAUAUUUCUCAUCCAAGAAAGCGCAUGAGUAAAGAACGUAACAGCAAGACCAACACGUGACAGCUCCUGCAUCAAACACACCUACUUUUUCCAUUAUUUAUAUUCGUCUAUGAAUUUAUCUAAUUUUCAUAUGUUCCGUGAUAACUUGGUAUUAACAACCAGACUGCUGAGUAUUUCCAAUCCUUCUACCACUUAUUUUGAAAACCAAUUCCUCUUUAAAUCCAACUCUAUGAAGCCUAAACCUGUCAUUUCUUGUCCUACCCAGAUUACUGACCCUGAAGGUUCUGCUUAUGCCACUCAUGCUAAGUCUCCUAUGCCAUUUAAAAGAGAAGAGGAAAAACUAAAUACCUUCUAAACAGAGUUGAAAAAAUAACGCCUUCACUUUUUUUUUUUUUUUUUUUACAUUUUUAACACUUUUUAGCGGGGGUUCUUAUAUUUUGUAUUUUAUUUACUUACUUUGUUUAUUCCUCAUUUGUAUGUAAAUAGUUUCAGAAAAGUAAUUAGUAUAAAAAUAAGAUUUGCUGCGUUAUCUGAACGACAGGCACUUGUUUAGAUCACGUGGUACAGGUUGGUCAGGUGUUAAUAUUUAAUGUACUACAUAUGAACAGGUCAGGCUUGAUUAUCUUUUUUUUUUUCUAUGUAUAUGUACAAACGUCAGCAUACUUUUUGAAACUGCUUUCCUACUCUUACUUUUACAUAAAACCAAAUGUAA